GUUAAAAAGGGGGUCUCGUCUUCUUCUUCUUUUCCAGCAUCGUUGUUGUUCUAUUCGCUCCUUCGCAGACACCUUAGACACUCCAUUGACAUUAUGUUUUCAAUUCUUGCUAUGCUAGCAGCCGCUGGUACGGUUGUUGCAUCAAACUCUGGACAGGCCACUUUCUAUGGAGGCAACACGCAGGGCGGCAUGUGUUCUUUCAGCACAUAUACCAUUCCAUCAGGAAUCUAUGGCACCGCGAUGUCGAGCCGCAACUGGGACGGCAGUGAGACAUGUGGCGGUUGCAUCGAGGUGACGGGACCAAAUGGCAAGAAGAUUACUGUCAUGGUAGUCGAUCAGUGCCCUGAAUGCGAAUUGAACCAUCUCGAUCUGUUCCAGGACGCCUUUGCUGAACUGGCCGAUGUAAGCAAGGGUAUCAUCGAUGUGACCUGGGAAUAUGUGGAUUGUCCCAUUACUACCCCACUGCAGGUACACAUGAAGGAGGGAGUAUCACGAUACUGGUUCUCUGCGCAGAUCGUAAAUGCCAACAAGCGCGUUGCAAGCAUGGAAUACAGUACAGAUGGAGGAAGCUCGUGGAAGAGCGGACUCACCCGCCAGCCCUACAAUUACUUCGAGCUAUCAUCCGGCACUGGUACGGACACGGUCGCCAUUAGAGCGGAGAGUGUUGAUGGUGAUCGUGUGGUCGUGAAGGGAGUCAGUGUGACUGGAGGAAAUCUGGUCAAAGGACCGGCCAACUUUUAAGUGCUGGUGGAGCAUGCCCUGGGGCUGACAGUCUCUUCCUCCUCAAAGUUUUCGACCUGGAGAGACGCUGUGUAGGCGCAAUUGUAUAGACUCGAUGUAGUCGAUUUGGAUUCUCC